AGGACUCGGUUUCCCGGCAGGCUUCACGCUGGGGGUGUGGCUGCACCUGUCGCUCCAGGGAAACGUAGUUCAGCUGCCUCCAUCGCCCGUUGUCUCCGCGAGAGGCCUACUCAAUUUCCCAGGUGACCCUGCGGCAGCCAGCCCUACGUCAGCCCGACGUUUUCCCCACCUAAACAUUUGAACCCAGCGGCGGCAGUUGUCGCUGGCACAGGUUUGGCAUGAUGGCGUCAGUGUCCUGUAUUUGGGGUGGUCUCGACCAAGGUUGGACACCUUCAUCUCCCACCUGAUAUCUGCGUAUCAUUAGGGUAUACCGAUUUUCCCCCAGUUCUCUAAGAGCACCGCUCCCUUCCCUAGUUACAGAGUCGCAAUUUUGGUCUGAUACUGCAUUCCCUACUUCUAGUAUUGCAUCCUCAUUUCCCUCUUUCGAUCUAACGUUGUGGCUUUUCCUGGGCUGUAUAUUGGAUAUCCGCUGCUGGGAGAACAAGGACGCAAGACUCCAGGGACCCAGACCCCUGCCACAGGAUAUGAGUAGGAGCGUGAGCUGGUCUGAGCAGCUUGAUGCGCUUCUAAACGCUACUGAUGGAAAUGUGGCUCGGAUCAAGCAGCGACUGUAUCCUCUUGGGGUCUCCAUGGCAAGGGAGCUGCCUGGGACCUGGAUUUCCUCUCGUGAUUUGCCUCUCCAGUUAGGAGUCCAAGCUGAACAGCCUUGGGCUCUAGAGACUCCCACAGUCCCAGAGAGGCUGAGCUGGCCUGAGGCCUACAGUCCUUCCCAUCUCCGGGAUGAAGUUACUAUUCUCCAAUCCCAGCUUCGAUCUCAGGCUCAGGUGAUUGAGGCACUAAGGCAGGCUGUACAAGGCUUGCUGGAAGAGCGAGAACAGCAGAAGUACCAGAUCAGUGCCCUGGAAGCAUCACUAAGAUUGCUGCAGGGGGGCCCAGAGGGGAGGGCUCUUCUGGAGCAACGCCUGGAGGAGCUGAGAAGGGACCUUCAGGGGCUUCGGAGCCAGGUGCAGGAGCAGGCCCAAGUCCAAGCCCAAAUGCAAACAGGACCAUUAAACUGCAGCACUACCAGUGGCCUUCAUCAGGAGCUGCAGACAGAGCGGCAAAGGCUGUGGGAGGAGUCAGAGAUUCUUCGGGAGGAACUGGAGUUGCUGCGGGACCAGCUGAACCAGCACCAGGAGCUGCUGCUGAAACAGAUGGCUGACGGGCGGCAGACUCAGGCCUGCAGCUGGAAGAUGUUGGAGCAGCUGCAAAGUGGCCAGGAAAGCAAAGGUCACACCCUGGAAGCUGCCAGGACAGAGGCCCAGGAUGUCCAGCAGAAGCAUGACCUCCUCAGGACCUCCGUUCAUAUCCUCCAAUCUAAGCUGCCCCUGGCCACCACCUUUGCCAUGUCUCUUUCUUCAUCUAGCUCAGAAGUCAGUCCUCUGGACAGUAACAGUAGCUGGGAACUUUUAUGGAAGCUAGGCAGGGAUCUCCAGAGGAACACCCUUUCUAACUUGGAGCCCAGCAGCUUUCACCUCCACUCCCAGAGUCUUGAACAAGAGACUUUCUUUCACAGCCCCAAGAUGCUCCUGAGUGACCUAUAAGGACUUACAAAGAGUAGUUGGAUGAAAGCUUCAUUGCCCACCCUCCCCUACAAGACCCUUUUUCUAGGCCACCUGCUCCUCCUCUUUUGAUCCAGCUGUUAUCUGCCCUCUCUACUGAGGCUUUUCACUGCCUGCCCAUCCCUGUCUCCCAACUGGAAUAAAAUAGUUUAACCUUC